AUGACUACAAAACCUUCUCUCUCCACCACCACUACCACCACCACCACCACCGUGCUUGAAACUGCAGCGGCUAAAAUAACUCCGGAAAUGGACCCAAAAUCCGUUUCCGAGACUCAAAGUUUUUUCAAGGUUAUGAGUAGUGGCGCUCCCGUUCCUGAAAACUGCAACACCGAUGGCUUCUUUGAUUCUUUCCUUCGGCAUUUCAUCAAAGUCGAUCAAAUCCAACCUGGUCGAAUCUCUUGUACUCUUGUCGCCAAACCACCUCUCUGUAAUGGCUAUGGAACACUGCAUGGAGGGUCUGUUGGGGCAUUGGUUGAGGUUCUGUCAACUGCUUGUGCUAGAACUGUUGUUGCUGAGGACAAACAACUUUUUCUUGGGGAAAUUAGCAUCUCUUAUCUCUCUGCCACUCCAAUAAAUGAAGAAGUGGUAGCUAAUGCUUGUGUGGUGAAGAGUGGAAGAAAUUUAACUGUAGUUGCACUUGAGUUCAAAUUGAAGAAAACUGGAAAUUUGCUUUAUCUCACUCAUGCAACCUUCUUUAACAUGCCGGUUUCCAACUUAUGA